GCGAGCGGCGACGUCUUUUUGAAUGUCUUUGACGUGUGUAUGUGACCAUCGGAAGAACGAUUGUUUUUAGCGAUUUACAUUUUACACAUUAUCUUUUGAAUAUCGAGUGUCCGGUAUCGUUCCGUUUGUGGAAUCCCUUUCGUUGCGAACGGGCGUCUCAUUAGUCAUUACAGAGCCAGUUAUUCUCAUUAAUUUCGUUACUUCGUCAAAAUAAUAAUAUGUGCACAACGAUCACCGCCGUUACAAUCGGAAACCAAUGAUUGAGAAUACGAAAUUUCGCAUCAUCUAGCGGACCGGACGAAGAAGACCGUCACAGCGCCCACACCAGAGCUACGGUCGAGUCUACGACACACCGCCAGAGUCUGAAGCACACGCGCACGCGCAAACUGGAUAGAGCUUACGCACACACACGACGAUGUCGGUGGCGCGUCGGGCGUAGUGACUAGCGAUCCGCGAAGACAAGACGCGGCGGCGGCGGCGUUCCCUAUUCCUAUAAUCUUGUUAUUGAUCGUUUAUUGUUGCGCGUUUGUUGUGACCGACACCGCUCCUAGCAACGGGAGAGAAGCCGUAGCCAUAGUCACCAUGAACGCCUUUUUCCGUCAACAAUUCAGGUAUACAUGAUACAUCACAACUGACGUUCCGUCCUGAUCGAAACCUAUGAAACGCUUCUGGGAGAGUCGUCCGACAAUCGAACAGUUUAGGUAAUUCCAUGGCGACUUCUGUAAGGAGUGGAAUCAAAUUAGAAGGGUCAGCAGGUACUGGUUCCCAAAUAAGUACUAUAACUGUUGUAACGGCUGGUGGGGUUGGUCAAACUCUUGUUGUGCAACCAGUACAACAAACUUCCGUAGUACGUACAUCCAUUGACCAGAACGUCAAUACUAAUAGACAACUUGAAAAUGCUUUAUUGUGUGGAACUAGUCCAGUUCAUGAUGAUGGAUCUGAUAAAUCAAUGGAUGAUGAUCACCUAGAUCAUAAAGAUAGAAUUUCUUCUACGGUUACUGUUGAUAAUGGCCAUUAUAUUGUGGCAGCAUCAGAAGGGACUCAAGGACGAUCUUACACUUCCCUUACACCUGUACCAACGUUGGUUCCCGAAACAGAGUCUGUCGGUUCUGAUGAUGUUGGCCAUUCUACUUAUGUACAGUAUGUUGAAGGAACUGGUGAACAAGCAAUUUUCACAAAUGGACAAAUGGCGUACCCAGUUUAUACUGUGGGAGAGAGCGGAACAAUGUAUCAGACUGGUCAAACUCAUUAUUACACUCCAAGCACAAAUUCUUAUUCUCAAGUUACAAACACCUUAGGUCAACCAACAUGUCAGGCACAAAUUAUAGGUAAUGGAACCUAUAUUAUACAACAGAAUGUUGACAAUGAUCAUACUAUUAUUGCUACUGCUCAAAGAGACAGCCCGAAUUCCGUUAUAUCUUCGGAUGUGUCAUAUCUUACAGUGAAUGCUACUGAGACUGGUUCAACAAACCCAAGUAUAGAUCAACUGAAUGGUGUCGAGUCAGAUGGAGGAAUGCAAAACUCCGGUCUUAUGCACGCAAAUAGAAUUUCUCCUGCAACUGUCAACUGGCUGAUGGAAAAUUAUGAAAUGGCUGAAGGGGUGUCGUUACCUCGAUCAACGUUAUAUAAUCAUUACUUAACACAUUGCUCGGAAACUAAAAUUGAUCCUGUAAAUGCAGCAUCAUUUGGUAAACUUAUCCGAUCUGUGUUUAUGGGAUUACGUACAAGGCGCCUAGGAACCCGUGGAAAUUCCAAGUAUCACUAUUAUGGCAUUAGAAUUAAGGCAAGUUCAUUAUUAAAUGACUUUUCCUCUGAAGAAAACCUACCAGGGCGAACAAAUCAAAGUAGUAGCUCGAAAAAAAUUAAGUUCAUUAAAACUGAAGAGAGAAACUGUAAUCAAUACACCACCAACAGUUCAGAUUCUGCAAAUUGUUCUCAAAACAGUAUUCCAUCUUCUCCUCAAGCACAAAACCAAGAAUAUUUAGGUGAUGGUGCAAAUGCUGUACCAGAAUUUCCUGAUAUUAUUUUAGAUGAAAUACAAUUGGAUGAUAAUUGUACUUUAGAAGAUGUAGAUACUUUCAAAAAUUUGUAUCGUGAACAUUAUGAAGCGUUUUUAGGUGCCAUAUUGAACUUAGAAUUUGGGACUAUUGAGUCACUUUGGCGUGAAUUUUGGCGUAGUCAAGACAACAAUAAUGAUGAAUGCGAAGAAGAAAAAUAUUUAUCUAAAGAAAAAUUAUAUUCAUUGUCAAAGUGCAAAACAUUGCAACUAUUUGUAAAAACUGUUGAUUUUCUAUUUUAUCAAAACUUAGUGAAAGUUUUAAUUCCAGAUGUUCUUCGGCCUGUUCCUGGCACAUUAACACAAGCCAUUAGAAAUUUUUCCAAAGGCUUAGAGUCAUGGCUUAUAUCUGCAAUGCAAGGGUGCCCAGAAGAAAUGAUCUCAAUAAAAGUAACUGCUGUUAGUGCCUUUGCACAAACCUUACGCAGGUACACUUCGCUUAAUCAUCUUGCCCAAGCAGCGAGAGCUGUCCUUCAAAAUUAUACCCAAAUAAAUCAAAUGCUUACUGAUUUGAAUCGUGUGGACUUCCGUAAUGUACAAGAACAAGCUUCUUGGGUGUGCCAAUGUGACUCGACAUUGGUCCAACAAUUGGAGGCGGAUUUUAAGCAUACUUUACAACAACAAAAUUCUUUAGAAGAAUGGGCAACGUGGUUAAAAAGUGUUGUGGAUAAUUGUUUGAAGCAAUAUCGUGAUACACCUAAUUUCACAAAAGAAGCUAGGCAGUUUUUAUUAAAAUGGUCAUUUUAUAGUUCAAUGGUAAUACGUGAUUUGACUUUACGUUCAGCUGCUAGUUUUGGAUCGUUUCACCUAAUUCGCCUGCUCUAUGAUGAGUACAUGUUCUAUUUAAUUGAACAUGAAGUGGCUCUAGUCACAGGAGAAACACCAAUUGCAGUAAUGGGUUCAGGAGAUAAAACUAUAUCCACUGAAGUUUUGAUUGACUACGACUCCACGGAGUAUACCACUAAUUGCAACGGAAAACGCAUGAAAAUGAACUAGACGCCAUGCCAUAUUAUAUAUUUCAUUUUUAGGCACAUAUUCACAUAAGAUUAUUUUAGUUAUUGUUUGAACCGAAUGUUUUUUUUUUUUUUUUUGUUAUUGUGCGCACUGCAAUUUUUAUUUUUAUUUAUACCUACCUACACUUUGUAGAUGAUGUUUUUAUUUAUUAAUUCCCAAAGACUUAAAUAUUAUCUACAUUUUUUAUAUGACAUUUUGUGCAAUUAUUUGUUUCUAUUUUUUUCAUUAUUGAUUUUGUAAAUUAUAAAAUGUUUGUUAAAUACAUACAGCAAACAUUUAAUAUUAUGAUUGGAUUUUUUGAGGCCUAAACAGCAUUUGUGAUGAAAAUUGUUUUCAACUUUUUUUUCUUGUUUAUAAUAUAUCUAAAUACUUAAUAAUAUUAUAUUGUAUUUUAACUUGUGUUUAAUUGUGUUUUUUGGUAUUACAAUUUUUCAAUAUACACAUACACACUAAAUGCAAAA